UCCGGGGUAAGGUUGGCAGGCUUGCGCGCGUUGACAUCGGUGACUGUCCCCGCUGCUGAUGGGCACGGCUGUAGGAAGCUGGCGGGGGGCUACGCUGGCCUGGGUCCUAGUCCUGCUGGCCGGGGCUGAGGCGCUGGAGAAUGGGCUGGCCCGGACCCCCACCAUGGGCUGGCUGCACUGGGAGCGUUUCCUGUGCAGCACCGACUGCGCCCGGGAGCCGCUCUCCUGUAUCAGUGAGCAGCUGUUUAUGAAGAUGGCUGACUUGAUGGUGUCAGAUGGCUGGAAGGAUGUAGGCUAUGAGUAUGUCUGUAUUGAUGACUGCUGGAUGUCUCUGACCCGAGAUGAUCAGGACAGGCUCCAACCUGACCCAGAACGCUUCCCCAGUGGGAUCCGCAAACUGGCUGACUACGUCCAUUCCAAAGGGCUGAAGCUGGGGAUUUACGCGGAUGUUGGAAACAAAACCUGCGCUGGCUUCCCUGGCAGUUAUGGCUACUAUGACCUUGAUGCCCAAACCUUUGCCAAUUGGGGUGUGGAUCUGCUGAAGUUCGAUGGCUGUAACUAUGGCACACAGGACCAACUGGCAGAAGGUUACAGGAACAUGUCUCUGGCCCUGAAUAAGACUGGUAGAAGCAUUGUGUACUCUUGUGAAUGGCCUCUCUACAUGAGACCCAUGCAGAAGCCCAAUUACACAGAAAUCAAACACUACUGCAAUCACUGGAGGAACUUUGCUGACAUCUAUGAUGCCUGGAACAGUGUUAAGAAUACCCUGGAGUGGACAGCUUUACACCAAGACAGCAUUGUGGAUGUUGCUGGGCCAGGGGGCUGGAAUGACCCUGACAUGCUGGUGAUCGGCAACUUUGGAUUGAGCUGGGACCAGCAGCUGACUCAGAUGGCGCUAUGGGCUAUCAUGGCAGCUCCACUGCUCAUGUCCAAUGACCUACGUCAUAUCAGCCCCCAGGCCAAGUGGCUGCUUCAGAACAAAGAUGUGAUUGCCAUCAACCAGGACCCGCUGGGCAAGCAAGGAUACCGUAUCAGCAAGGAUAACAACUUUGAGCUCUGGGAGCGGCCUCUGUCAGGGGGUGCCUAUGCUGUGGCCGUGCUGAAUCGACAGGAGAUUGGAGGACCCCAGAUCUUCAGCUUCUCUACCUCUUUCCUUGGCAAUGGCCUGGCCUGCAACCCUGCAUGCUCCAUCCAGCAGAUCCUCCCCACCAGCGAGGACUGGGGACUACACAACUGGGUCUCGCUCUUGAACGUUGAGGUGAACCCAACGGGUACUGUGCUGCUGAAGGUGGUGGUGAUCGGGGAGUUCCCAGAUGAGAAGCCUGUCAUGAACAUUAACAAAAAACCAUCUCCAGAUAUCUUAUAAUGUAAUGGUGACCCAAUUCCCCAGGCACCAGAGCUCCUUUGCUCCAAUCCUGCCCCUCCACAUCUGUGGGCAAUAAGUGCUGAAGAUCCCAUCAGUGAUGGGUGAACUUUACCAAAUCAACCCUAAUCCAGCAAGAAGUACUGUAAUCUCUCUCCAUCCUUGUGUUGCAAUUACAGGGGAGAGGGUGCCUUUACUUAUCCCUGCUAGAUCUAUCUAAGUCCUGCUCAAUGUAGCAUGUAACCUAACCUUCCUUUCUCUGGGGGCUAAAGGAUUGAGUUGGUCAACUAGACUGGAUCAGCCUUCUGUAAAGACCUAAUGGCCUUGGCAACAGGUGAGAAAAUGCAAAGCACGUACCAUGUUAGUGAGGUUCUUCGGUGAUGCCAGGACUCAGGGGAAGAGUGCUCCCCUCCUGCCUUAAGUUUCCUCUCAGGCCAGUGUGACUGAUGUACACCAGCUGCAAGAAAACACACAUUCCACCCUCAAACCCCCACGUGAAGUCAUAUGCUUCCUACCCUUUUGCCGAAGGUUGCUCUCACCUUGCUGUGAUGACUCAGUAUCUUAAGCCAGUACUUUUUAGGCUAUCACUUUCUUGCUGGAUGUCUCCCUUUAAUAUGAGUAAAGGACACUACAUCCAUGUAGUCAUGUCUCCCACUCCUGUAGCUUCCACUUAAUUU